AGGGCGACAGCAGGCUUGGCAAGAUGGCUUCCCUAGACCACAUACCAGAUGAACAUCGGGGGUCUUUUUCUCUUUUCCUCUUUUUGUUUGUUUGAGGCAGGGUCUCACAUUUUCCAGAAACUAUGUAGAGGCUGACCUUGACCUCCUGGUCCUCCUGCUCUGCCUCCAGUGUUGGGAUGCGAAGUCGACAUGUCAGGCUGGGCCUCUGCCACGCUCAGGAUGGAUCCCAUAGCUGCCAAGGAAUCGAUUGGCCCUCCAAGCUACAACACCAAUAAUAGGGUUCUUAGUGUUUUGUCUUUUAUUCCUCUCUUUCUCCCCUUCUUCCCGAACCCUUCCUUCCUUCUCCCAUAGGGGUCUCUACUCUGUAUCUCAGAAUGGCUUUAAACUCAUAGCCAUUCUCCUGCCUCCGGCUCCCGGGUGUGGCUGACAUCUUAAUCUAUGAAGGUUUAUAUACUCAGCUCACACCCUCUUCCAUCACCUCCUUCUGCCCGUCGCUGGAUCACUCUGCCCCCCCCCCCCAAUUCCAGUUCUCCCUUUUUGCAGUUGGGGCGACCCCUGACUAUUGGUCACCAUGUCUUCAGGACCUCACACGAUGGGCCCUGUCACCCACCCGCGUUCCCUAAGGGUCGGUCUGGGGUUCUAGCUGCCGGCCCUGUCCUCCAAGCCGGCUCCGGAGAAGAUGCCAGAACAGAGCAAUGACUACCGUGUGGUCGUGUUCGGCGCAGGCGGCGUGGGCAAGAGCUCGCUGGUGCUCCGCUUUGUAAAGGGGACGUUUCGUGACACCUACAUCCCUACCAUAGAGGACACGUACCGGCAGGUGAUCAGCUGUGACAAGAGCGUGUGCACACUGCAGAUCACGGACACCACCGGCAGCCACCAGUUCCCGGCCAUGCAGCGGCUGUCCAUCUCCAAGGGCCACGCCUUUAUCCUGGUGUUCUCGGUGACCAGCAAGCAGUCGCUGGAUGAGCUGAGCCCCAUCUACAAGUUGAUCGUGCAGAUCAAGGGCAGCGUGGAGGACAUCCCCAUCAUGCUGGUGGGGAACAAGUGUGAUGAGACGCAGCGGGAGGUGCACACGCGCGAGGCGCAGGCCGUGGCACAGGAGUGGAAGUGCGCCUUCAUGGAAACCUCAGCGAAGAUGAACUACAACGUGAAGGAGCUGUUCCAGGAGCUGCUGACGCUCGAGACGCGCCGGAGCGUCAGCCUCAGCGUGGACGGCAAACGCUCCAGCAAGCAGAAGAGGGCUGACCGCAUCAAGGGCAAGUGCGCGCUCAUGUGAGCCCGCCAGAGCCAGCUUGAGUCUCCCGGGCUCCUUCUCCCCUCCCUCCUCCCUUCCCUCCUCUCUCCUCUUAGUAUUCCUCUCCUCCCCACCUCCUCCUCUCUCCUCCUCUCUGCUCCUCCCUUCUUUGCUCCUGCUCCUUCUCCCCCUCCUUCCUUCCUUUGCCUUGCCCCUCCCUCCUCCAUCUCUCUUCCCUCUUCCUGUCCCCACCAGCCUACAGUAAGGUUGGGCUCCAUCCCUGCCUCUUCACACCUCCAUAGCUUCAUCCUUUGCAGACCUCUCCCUCUAUAUCUCUUUGCUCCCCCACCCCCAUUCUAUCUGCACCCCACAACCACACACUGGAGGUUUGAUCCCUGUGGAUCUGAAAACAGGGACCUGGCUAAGGAACUGCUCAUCCCAGUCAGGCCCAGAGAGGUUACCUUGCCUCUCCAUCUCUGUCCCUGUGUGCCCAGCCAUGCCCACUGUCCCUGUCCCUCACAUUCUAUCACUGUGACCUCUGGGGAGUGCCCAUUGACCUCAUCUUCCUUCACUAAUAUCUUAUUUCUUUCACCUGAUCCUGUCCUUUCCCCGUGACCUCUGACCUGUGGCCUUCCCUGGGUCCAGAACACCCCUGUCCUCUCCUGUCUGCACACCAGGGUGGAUGGGCCCGAGGGCUGGGCCUCAGGCACCAGGCAAUAAACACAGGGCCUGCAGCAAUGCCCUGGCCACCCCGAGUACCACCUCUGGAAUAGCAGACGCCCACAGCACAAGCCCAGGACUGUCCCUUCAGGGGAGGCACACUGGAACCCUGAACUUGGAGUGUGGAGUGGCUGCCUGGACACUGCCCACCUGGACACCAGCCUUCUGCUGAGAUAGAGACCUUGGCACAGUGGCACCUCGACAGCCACCCCGACUGGGGGUUUGGGGUGCUGAGGGUGGGGUGCCCAGCUGAGAGUCUAUCAGCAAAGUCCCUGUGUGCGGUGAUAGGACUAGUGGCUGCUGCCCUAGGGCUCUGACAGAAUCUGAGCCUCUUUGCUGGUCAUGUGUACUCUGGAGACUGUCCCCCAUGUCUGCCCUGAGUUACGGAGCCCCUGUGGUAUCUGCGAGACUGUCCAGGAGACUUGAGUGGCUCCUGGGCCUGUGUCCCACCCAGAUGAGGGUGACUUAGAAUUCUGUGUUUAUGUGCCUGUGUGUGUGGAUGGGUGUGUGUCUGUCUUGGGAUGGGGUGUUCUUGCACCACUUUGUGUUCUUAGUGAGACCACAGUGUAAGUGGCCGUGUGUGUGUGUGGGGGGGGGCACCUAGACAUUGUGGUGUGUCUGUAUGGCUCUGUGUUUUCAGGGGUGGGUGACACAGGCCUGUCUGAUGAGCACCAGGUCUGUUCCAGGCUGUGGCAAGCUGGCUCCUGGCUCAGAAGUGACAAAGCUGCAGUACAGAGGCCUCAGUGUGAGGUCAUCACCUCACAGUGGCUACAGACCAGGCUGUGGCCUGAGUGAGCUGGAACCUCUGGGGUGGGGACGAGAAAGAGAGAGGGAGAGAGAGGGGGGAGAGUGAGUGUGUGUGUGUGAAGGGGGAGAGUGUGUGGGGGAAGAGUGAGAGAGAUAGAGUGUAUGUGUGAGAGGGAGGGAGAGUGGGAGGUAGAAUGAGAGAGAGUGUGUAUUGGAAGGGAGAGAGAGAGUGUGAGAGAGUGUGAGAGAGAGACAGAGACAGAGAUAAAGGAGAUAAAGAGAGACAAAGACAUGGUCACAAAGAGACAGAGAAGCAGAAAGAAGGCUGAAGCCAGAUGACCAAGUAGGCCGGACCCCACUGUGUUCCCUUCUGUGUGCCAGGCACAGGGAGAGCCACAGCCUGAAGCCUGAGUCUGAGCAUAGCUGAGCCCUGACCUCUAGCCAGCCCAGGGCCCCCACAGCUGCCACCUGCUCCCAAGCCCCGGGAGUGGCUCCUGGCUGGACAGGGGGUCACAGCCCUUUCUCAGGGACACACCCUGAUAGCACAAUCUCUGGGCCACCCCAGGCUUCUCCUGGCUGGCCUUGCCCAUCCUGGGGAGAACCGGGCUGGGUGGCAGGGGAGGCCGGAGCCCACCCUGGCUGCUGGCCAACCUGCCCAGGCAUCUCUGGUGCUGGGGACCCCGCCAGGCCUCGCUUGCUGUGACCCACCCCUGCCCCCCGCAUGUGGGAGCCCCAUCCCAUGUGGGGUCUGUGUACCGUUCUCUCGUAGACCUUGUCUUCCUGCAAUAAACACGUGGAUCCUGCC